AUGACCUUCGCUCGAUCUCUCCUUCUCUCGGCUGUGUUCGGCUCGCUUGCCCUCGUUCAGGCGCAAAUCUUCCCCUCGUCGUGCUACGUGGACACGAAGCUGUCGACCGCUAUCACGUUCAAGCAGCACCCUCUUGCGCUUGGCCCCGACGGCGACGUCGUGAUUGGUGGUCGCGCUCUCGUCUUUCACCUUGCUUUCUGCGACCGACACACGUACGGCAAGGACAACGCCUACGAGGAGGUCAAGGGCUACCUCGUCACGGCCGACGACACCAACAUGUGUCUUUCCGUCAGCAACCUUGACCAGGAAAACGCCACGUUUUCGCUUCAGGACUGCCGCUUCAAUGGUGAAGGCGACGUGUGGGCCUCCGAAGCCUUCGCUUGGUACUACAACACCAAAGACGGCAUGCCCGCCAAAGGUGUCUUCAACGGCGAGAACUGGAACUACGUCAACCAGACGGGUCACGGCAUCUACAGGCUGCACGCCGAGAAGAGCAAGCCGGACAAGCAGGGCUGGGGCAAGCUGUUGGUCGACUUCACGCCCCAGAUGUCGGGUCCCUCGCCCUAUCUGUCCAUCCCGGUGGUCGGGUCGCACAUCUACAAGUAG